AAUGGCAGAUCAGCUAUGGCGCGCUUUGCACGUGUCAAAAGCCAGUCAUCGCGACGUCAUGCUAGGCCGGCAGCUGAUUGGUUGCUUGGUAUGCACGUGUCAUCUCACUCAAGUACACCUGUCAUUCUACCUACAGGUGAAUAUCAUUUUAUUUGUCGCCAGUGUUCGCAAGUGUUUGUGUUCCCUAAUAGCGUAAAGGCCCAUACCRUAUUCGACUGCGCAGGAUCGUCACCACGGCAAGCAAAAGGAUAUAAAGCCCAAGACUCGACCACACACACAUUAUCGUCAGAACACCGCUACGAACGGACGACAACCAUCAAACUGGAAAACUGUCCGGAGGAUAUGAGCACACUCUACUUGAGUCCAACAUCGGAGACAGAUGUUCUGCAGGUUUCGAAGACAGUGAAUGAUACUAUGGGAAUUAAGCCGGAGUCGGAGAGUUCACGCAGUCAUACCAGUAAUAAUUUCUUGUCCAUUACUGACACACCUCAUAUUACCCUACUAUCCGACACGGAUCCCAAAGCGUUAAAUUCUUCCAACGGCGGUGGUAUGGGUUUUGGAAGUUCUUUAAACAGUUUCAACGGAAUGAAUGGAUAUAACUUUAAUAAUCUACCACUGGCCAUGAACCAGUUUCCAUUUCUCUCCAACUUUAACACUGAUCAGUUUAUUGUCAAGGAAUCGUCACCGAGAGGUAUGCAUGACUCGGGCAGCGAGGGAAAUACAACUCCUAAAUCACCACCGCCGUUUUCUAUGCCAUCUGGAGCUGAAUCACCACAUCUGAUGAAGUCUCCAGAUCGAUUACAGCCAGUACUGACGCCCCUCACGCCCGUCAGUCUACCAUCGUUUAGCUCGGACACGUUCGGGAUGGAAAAAACGAUCAAAAACAAUAGUUUACCGCAGAGCACAAGCCAACAAUACAACUCGAGUUACAGUGGAUUUAAAAGCCCAGAGCUUGGAAACGUUCCAACGACGGAUUUUCCAUCGAUAUCACGACCUCUGCUGAAUGACCUGAACGGAAUGAGGUACAGCUUAGCGCAGGAUUCUUUCGCGCAACAACAGCAUAUGGACCUGAUGUCAAAUCCUGCUUUUCUACUCCAGCCACGACCGCCUCUUUGCAGCCCAUCUGGUAUGCCUGCUUUCUUUAAAUACGGCUAUCCUCAAAGCUUCUCGUCGAUGAAUGGCCAACCACCAGUUGGACUUCCCAGUUCACUGAUGUUCAAUGGAGAGCAAAACAUAAAUCGAUUGCCUACGCCUACUAGCACCCAACCGGUACAAGACCCAGUAAUUAAUGGAGCUGGAUCUCAGAUAAUAACCGAAAAGAGCAAGCCCGGCUGCAGUGAAGAUAUGAUUAAUGACUUGAACUCAAAGAAAGUCAAUAAAGGCUACUUAUGUGAACUUUGCGGGAAACUCUAUACUAGAAAAUACGGCUUGAAAAUACACAUGAGGAUUCACACUGGAUAUAAGCCACUGAAGUGCAAAUACUGUCAGAAGAGGUUCGGGGAUCCCAGUAACAUGGCAAAGCACAUUAGAUUGCAUGCCGUUGGUGAUACUCCMUACAAAUGCCAGUACUGUGGUAAAGUUUUAGUUAGAAGAAGAGAUCUAGAUCGCCAUAUUAAAUCCAGGCACCCAAAUGGACGAUAAGUUUCUGAUGUUAUAUAUUUAGAAUAAAUUUGAUAGCUUUUAUUAGACUUCUGUGAAGUUUUACAUUCAUUACGUACCGAGGCAAAUGGCUUCAACAAAUUUUUCCACUACAAAAAGGACAUGUUUUUUUCUUCGUAGAUUUCAUAAUCAAACGUUUAUAUAUGAAAAGAAAAUAAGUUUGUAAAUAAACAAAGUAAAAACGAUACAGCAAAAAAAUUACAAAAGAGACGUAACGAGAAACGCCUUCGUUGUUUAAGAAAUUAAAUUUGUAGAAAUACAUAAAAACCUUGGUUGCAAAUAAAGGUAUUUGAAAUGACUUCAAAA